AUGUUAUCUAUCACAAGCGACAUCUUAUUCGAAAGAAAAGAUACGUUUCCUUUGUUUUCUCUUCGAUUCAUGCAUUCGUCUCCAUUAAUGACGACUGAAAAGAAUAAAUUACAGUUGCCGACUAUCAAAGAUUUUCAUUUUCUGAAGACAAUUAGUCGUGGUGGUUAUGGUCGAGUGUAUUUAGCAACGAAAAAAACUGAUGAAAACAAGAUCAAAUAUGCGAUUAAAGUGAUUAAUAAACAGGAUAUACGUAGGAAAAAUUUGAUCGAUCAAAUUCUUAAUGAACGUGAUGCAUUAGCAACACUGCAUAGUCAAUUUUUAGUUCGUCUUUUCUAUUCUCUACAAAGCAAAGAACAUAUCUAUUUAGUCAUGGAAUACAUGAUCGGAGGAGAUCUCAUGUCAUUUUUAUGUAUCAAACAUGUUCUGGAACAACAUGAGGCGCAGUUUUAUGUUGCAGAAAUCGCUCUCGCACUCGAUUAUCUACAUCGAAAAGGUGUUGUACAUCGAGAUUUAAAACCAGAUAAUGUUUUAAUAUCCGCAACCGGGCAUAUCAAAUUGACUGAUCUUGGCCUAUCAGAAAUACGCAAUCGACGAAAAGUUUCAGUGGCUGAUGUAAUUGGUACACCAUCGGUGUAUAAAAUGCGAGCUUUUCGUACACCAGGUCAAAUCAUAUCUUUAACAUCGGAUUUUAGUUUUUCAUCGAGUGAAUCAGAUUCUGAUCCAUUUCAUUCGUCAGCAUCCAUCGAAAAUAUUUAUUCGAAUAAUAGUUCCUAUCGUUCGUAUUCAUCGUCACGUCCAAUUGACUGUAGUCUACGUGUUUAUCGUCAAGCAUUACCAGCAUGUAUUCCUGAAAAUGAACCAUUAUCAUUUGGAAAUUAUGACUUCGAUGAUACAAAUUCAAAUCAUUCAUCUGACUUUCUUUUUUCGAGUCCAAAUAAACGUUCAUCUAAUACAUCUCAAACAAUCAAACAACAACCAAGAAUUUAUCCAAAGACAGUUUCACGACUACUUGCUUCAUCACCAGCUCAUCACAAUCAAUAUCGCCUAUUUCGUGGUAUUGGUCGAACAAUAACUGCGACAACCACCGUAUCGAGUGUUUGCUCAUCUGGUUCGCCAUGUUUAUCUCCCAUUCGAUGUUCAAUCGAUGGAUUAGAAAUGAAUGAAGAUGAAUCAAACGAAAAAUCCGUGAAUAAUGAUGAUAAUGCGAAUAUCAUUCCAAUAGAAGAUUUACCAGCAAAUCAAUUAUCUCUUCCUAUCGACGAUAGUUCUUUGAAAUCCGUUUGUCUUGCUCAGAAUUAUUCAAGCGGUCGAAUUUUAACCGAUGCAUCGAUUCGAAGUAGUUCUUCGAAAUCACCCAUACAUUUCAAUGUAUCAGGACCUGUUUUAGGCACACCUGAUUAUCUCAGUCCAGAAAUCUUAUUACAGGAUGAAAAUCAUACUGCAGCGAUUGAUUUUUGGGCGCUUGGUGUAUGUUUGUAUCAAUUUCUUGUUGGUGUCACACCCUUUACAGACGAAUCUCCACGUGCGAUUAUAUCGAAUAUCGUGAAUUAUCGACUUGCAUGGCCUGGAGAAGAUGACGAUGACAAUCAGCUUUCCGACGAUGCAAUAAAUGCUAUUAAAGGCUUACUUCAGUAUGAUGCGACCUCGCGAUUCCAGUUAGAUGAUUUAAAGAAAGAACCUUUUUUCAAUACGAUUGAUUGGGACAAUCUAUCGAAUUUACCGGCUCCUUUUAUUCCAGUACCAGAUGAUGAUUCCGAUACGUUCUAUUUUGCAGCUCGAAAUAAAGCCAUUGGUUUCGAUGAAGAAUCCCUUGAUGACAUCGUAAUGUAG